UGUGCUCCCACCACCACCACCGAACCUACAGGUUUCUUAAGUCUCUCUCUCUGGUCGGUCAGGGGCAAAAUCGGAAAUCCCAAAAUUCUUAUAAAACGUAACAUUGCUUCUUCGUCUUGCUUCCAAUAUAUACAUUACAUCCUCACAACACCAUUUCCACUCGCUAAUUUGUGUCUGAAGGGAAAAAAAAAUUUCGUCAGCUGUGUAAAAAAUCUCCAGCAGAGAAAAUGGUGAAGAUUUGUUGUAUUGGAGCUGGGUAUGUUGGUGGACCGACAAUGGCAGUGAUUGCACUGAAAUGUCCAGACAUUGAAGUAGCUGUUGUGGAUAUCUCCGUGCCGCGUAUCAACGCUUGGAACAGUGACCAGCUUCCGAUUUACGAGCCUGGUCUCGACGAUGUUGUGAAGCAGUGCCGUGGCAAGAACCUCUUCUUCAGCACUGAUGUUGAGAAACAUGUCAGGGAAGCUGAUAUUGUGUUUGUUUCUGUUAACACACCCACUAAAACCAGAGGUCUUGGUGCUGGUAAAGCCGCUGAUCUUACCUACUGGGAGAGCGCUGCGCGUAUGAUCGCUGAUGUUUCGGUGUCUGAUAAGAUUGUGGUUGAGAAGUCGACUGUUCCUGUUAAAACAGCUGAAGCUAUUGAGAAGAUUUUGACACAUAACAGCAAAGGGAUCAAGUUUCAGAUUCUUUCGAACCCGGAGUUUUUGGCUGAAGGAACCGCGAUUAAGGAUCUUUUUAACCCUGACCGUGUUCUCAUCGGAGGACGGGAAACUCCAGAAGGGUUUAAAGCGGUUCAGACGCUCAAGGAUGUGUAUGCACAUUGGGUUCCUGAAGGCCAAAUCAUAACUACUAAUCUUUGGUCUGCUGAGCUUUCAAAGCUUGCGGCAAACGCUUUCUUGGCUCAACGGAUUUCAUCUGUCAAUGCUAUGUCUGCUCUAUGUGAAGCCACUGGUGCUGAUGUCACGCAAGUGUCUUACGCGGUUGGUACUGACUCGAGGAUCGGUCCCAAGUUUUUGAACUCGAGUGUUGGAUUCGGGGGUUCGUGUUUCCAGAAGGACAUUUUGAAUCUUGUCUAUAUCUGUGAGUGCAAUGGACUCCCUGAAGUGGCGGAGUACUGGAAGCAAGUCAUCAAGAUCAAUGACUACCAGAAGAGCAGGUUCGUGAACCGUGUUGUUUCCUCCAUGUUCAACUCUGUAUCGAACAAGAAGAUUGCGGUUCUUGGUUUUGCGUUCAAGAAAGAUACUGGUGACACGAGGGAGACUCCAGCCAUCGAUGUGUGCAAGGGUCUUUUAGAAGACAAAGCAAGGUUAAGCAUCUACGACCCGCAGGUGACUGAGGAGCAGAUCCAGAGGGAUUUAUCCAUGAACAAGUUUGACUGGGACCAUCCUCUUCAUUUGCAGCCAAUGAGCCCAACCACAGUGAAACAAGUGAGCGUUACUUGGGACGCAUACGAGGCAACCAAAGACGCUCACGGUAUCUGCAUUAUGACCGAGUGGGAUGAGUUCAAGAACUUGGAUUUCCAGAAGAUCUUUGACAACAUGCAGAAACCGGCUUUCGUGUUCGAUGGAAGGAACAUUAUGAAUCUACAAAAGCUUAGGGAGAUUGGUUUCAUUGUUUACUCCAUCGGUAAGCCCUUAGACGCAUGGCUCAAGGACAUGCCUGCCGUUGCCUAAGUAAGAGGAAAGGGAAAGUCCAUUGCUGAUUCUUUUUACCUUAUAUUUCAUCAUUUGUGCUUUUUGUUUGUGAUAAUUGUUGAGUCUUUAAGACUUGUUACAUUUUCUUACUAUCUGUUUGUUAUGUAAGCUCUCUUAUUACCCAUUCUUCUGGUGUGUUUCUUUUCCAUUGGUAUAAUUUUUGGUCGGAGAGGACUUGUAUUCGACGAUGUCGUUUCAAUUUUGUUCUUAUUGGAGUAAAUGUGUUUGUAGUUAA